AUGCAGGAGCCGUGGGAAGUGAGAUGGGGUGUCAUAGCCACGGGUUGGAUGGCUAGUAGAUUCGUGACUGACUUGCUCAUCGAUCCUCGUCUACGCGGUACUGCCGAUAUUGUUCACAAGGUGGUCGGUGUGGCAUCGUCAACUCGGAAAGAAACCGCGGCCAAAUUCAUCGAUGACUUCGUCUGUCCAACCGAGAAGAGAGAGUGCAUCGCUCACGGGAGCUUCGAGUCCCUUCUUUCCCGAGACGACAUCGAUGUCGUGUAUAUUUCUACACCUCACUCGAGUCAUUACGAAAAUUGCCUACUGGCUUUGGACCACAACAAAUCGAUUUUGUGCGAAAAGGUCUUGACUAUCAAUGCUACCCAGGCCCGCAAGAUCCUCGAGAGGGCCAAACAAGAGAACCUUUUCGUGAUGGAAAAUAACUGGCUUCGCUUCUUACCCAUCAGUACUGCAAUUCAGAAAUACAUCGAGUCGAAUAAACUUGGGGAUAUCAUCAGGGUCUAUGCGGAUCUCUCCUACGGAGAAAACCCCGAGUCCUGGCCGGAGGGUCACCGAUCCAUCAACGCGGACCUUGCCGGUGGUUGUCUCCUUAAUAUUGGCAUUUAUAGCCUCACUUGGGUUUUGCAAUGCCUUUAUCAUACAUUGCCGAGCAACCUUCGCCAGAAACCCAAGGUUCAGAGCCUGAUGUCUCUGUAUUCGGCUGCUGGUGUCGACGAAACCAGCACUGUGAUUAUGGAGCUUGCAUCCCCGCCGCAUGGGAAAUACAAAGCCCACGGCAUUGCGACGACAUCCUUUCGAACAGAUUGGGAUCCUAACAAGUGCCAAGAUUCUGUUCCGUGCGUUCGGAUUUUAGGCUCGAAAGCGGAGUUGCAGGUGUUGGGUGGACCAGCUUCGCGCCCGCAGACAAUCAGGAUUAUCCCUCAGCUGCCGGGCAAUUCCAAAUCAGGACUCCAGAUGAGCGGAGCAAAAGGUACAGAGCAAGGUGAUAUCGAAGUGAUUAACUUUGGGCCGCCUGGUGAGCCCGGGGGAGGGCGUGGAAUGUUCUGGGCGGCGGAUGAAGUAGGGAGAAGUUUGAGAGACAAGGAGGUCGAGAAUAAAACUAUGCCCUGGAAUGAGACUCUUCUGAUGAUGGAGGUACUUGACGAGGUCAGACGAGCUGGAGGUCUACACUACCCGGAAGCUAUUGAGAAAAUCUGA